AAUCACUAUAAAAAAUGCGGCUACUGGCCAGACACGCGAUUCGAUUGUUGGGUCAGGAGAAUCGUCGGGGAGCGGUUGGCGAAAUGACUUCAAUUUGGAGAGGAGGAAUCCGGCUGAAGGCCACAACCGGUUACCUCAAGCUGGCCACGGCAAGUGUUCAGCCACUGGAGCCGGAGAAACAGGUGCAGAGAAAGAAUUCUCCGCUCACGGAUUCAUUUGGCCGACACCAUACCUAUUUGAGAAUUUCCCUAACCGAACGCUGCAACCUGCGAUGUGACUACUGCAUGCCCGCUGAAGGAGUCCCACUGCAACCCAAAGGCAAUCUCCUGACCACUGAGGAGAUCCUCCGUUUAGCCCGCAUUUUCGUGGAGCAGGGAGUGCGCAAGAUCCGCUUGACGGGAGGAGAGCCCACAGUCCGGAGAGAUAUAGUAGAGAUAGUGGCGCAAAUGAAGGCUCUACCCGAACUGGAGCAUGUUGGCAUAACCACCAAUGGCCUGGUGCUCACGCGCCUGCUACUGCCGCUCCAAAGGGCCGGAUUGGAUUCCCUGAACAUCAGUUUGGAUACCCUAAAAAGGGAUCGCUUUGAAAAGAUCACCAGGAGAAAAGGAUGGGAGCGAGUGAUAGCUGGCAUCGAUCUGGCCAUUCAGUUGGGCUAUCGUCCCAAGGUGAACUGCGUCCUGAUGCGCGACUUCAACGAGGAUGAAAUCUGCGAUUUCGUGGAAUUCACCAGGGAUCGUCCAGUGGAUGUGCGGUUUAUAGAGUACAUGCCUUUCUCUGGAAACAAAUGGCACACGGAGAGACUUAUUUCCUACAAAGACACCCUGCAAACAAUCCGUCAAAGGUGGCCGGACUUCGAGGCUCUGCCCAAUGGACCCAAUGAUACGUCCAAAGCCUACGCAGUUCCCGGUUUCCAGGGCCAAGUGGGCUUCAUCACAUCCAUGACGGAACACUUUUGUGGAACCUGCAACCGAUUGAGACUCACAGCGGAUGGCAACAUCAAGGUGUGUUUGUUCGGCAACAAGGAGUUCUCGCUGAGGGAUGCCAUGCGAAACGAGGAUAUUACGGAGGAGCAGCUGGUGGAUCUCAUUGGGGCAGCAGUGCAGCGCAAGAAGAAACAGCAUGCAGAUGCUGCGCCACGACUCCAUCAUCAUCAUCAUAAUCAUCAUUAUUUGUUUCACCAAGCAUUUCAUCCUUCAGGGCGGCAACUUCAGCUUCGCAAUUGCAGCCAACUCACCCAUGUCAACGCUCAGGGCAAGGCUGAAAUGGUGGAUGUGGGCGCCAAGCCUUCGACCACUCGAUUAGCUCGAGCAGAGGCCACUGUGAAGGUGGGUGAGCAGCUCACACGACUGAUAGCGGCCAAUGAGUUGGCCAAGGGAGAUGUUCUAACCGUGGCCCAACUGGCUGGCAUCAUGGGAGCCAAGCGCACCUCGGAACUUAUACCCCUGUGCCACAACAUCAGCUUGUCGUCCGUCAAGGUGCAGGCCAUUCUUCUCCAGGCCGAACACUCUGUCCGUCUGGAGGCCUCCGUACGCUGCUCCGGCCAAACGGGCGUCGAAAUGGAGGCCCUAACCGCUGUUUCCGUGGCCGCUUUAACCGUCUACGAUAUGUGCAAGGCCGUUUCCCACGACAUCUGCAUCACCAACAUCCGGCUGUUGAGCAAAUCCGGCGGAAAAAGAGAUUUCCAGCGGGAGAAGGCGGAAAAAGGAGCGAUGCCGGAGGUCGAAUGAAGGGUUCUACCGACUGACUGGUUUAGUUAUAGUAAUAUAAUGGCUAAGCUGUUCUUGGGGAAAGGUAAAUUCAACUACUGCUUAUUAGUUUCACCUAUUACAAUACUUUUGCAAGAUUUAAUAUAAAAAACCUAACUAAAUUUGUAUUGAAAUACAAAAAAAAA